UGAUGAAGUACUCCACUUUGUUUGUCGAUCGUCACAUCCACAAUCCGGAUAACAGGUGUCACUUUGAACGACCGAAACCUCAACAUCGUGCAGACCGAGAUAUGUUCCUGAAGCUCAUCAAAAAGAGGGACUCUCUGUGGAGCUAUCUGUUCUGCAAUGUACCCAAAACACGAACAGAUGCAGAUUAUCUGCACCGUAAGGUGAUAGCGAUCCAACAUCUGCAAGGAUAUCACAAUGCCAAACGAUGUGCAAUUGAGAUAUUUCUUGGCCGAUGUGAACAUCUAUGGUUUGAAAGGAAGCGAGACAAAAUUGAUGCAAAGGUUUACUGCGAGGUAAUGGAUGUUGGGGAGCAGUUUGACAUAAUGGACAGUGAGGAGGAGACGGAGGAUGAGGAGAUUGACCUGCCAUUGCCGGGUGCACAUCACAAUGCAGUAAGAGAGGAAACGCCUUCAUUGUCCGCUUUGGGUGGUCAACAAGCGAUGGAGGAAGAUGUUGGCGGCACUAUCGCGAUCAAGGCCUUGAGGGACACAGGUGCAGGGAAGAAGAUCGAUUCCGCAGCAGCAGGAGGUGGUGGCGAGAGUGUGGCAGACAAGGAAGGGCAUAUCAGGAUGCAAAACACAAAGGGAGAUGAGUUCGCAGACCGGGCAUCGAGCACACCGCAACCAACACUUAGACCGUCAGAAGGCAUCAGUGGAGUAGGAGCCAGAAGUGAGACAACACCAACAGCAGGUGGGGAAGUUGUUGCACACGUGCAUGGCGACAACGGGAAGGACGAAAAGAUUGAAGAGGACCAAGGACAAAAAGCAUCAGACGAAGAAGGGUCAAAAUUUCAGGCACAUGAGGGAGUGAAGGCGGUGACAGGGAAUGUCGAUUCGCAUUCCAAGGAGUCGCAUACGACUAUCAUCACUGCACAGGCGCAAGGCAUCGACGGAGCCACCAGGGAGCAAAGUGCGCAUGAGAAAGAAGGGGGGAAAAGGCCAGUGCAUAUGGAAUGCACUGGUCCAGGAACGCAAAUAGUUUCGGAGUCAACAAUGGGAGAAAGGAAAGUUGAUUUGGAGGGUGUCAGUGCGGUAGAGCAUGAAAAGGUUCCAAGCACGGCAAACAGGGAGAGGGGGAAGGAAAAUGAGAAAGAAGAGGAGGCGGACAGGAGUCGGAGUGUGAUCAACUUGGUGGACCAGUCAGCUCAAAAAGUAUCGCAGUUGCGGGAGCUGUGUACGAAGCAUGGGAUUAAGUCGGCGAAGAAGAACGAGAUGAUCAUGGAACUGGUGAAAAAGCAAACUGACUUGGCGUACGAGGGGUUUUUUACUCCACUUACGAAGAAGACCACCUCUCUAAGGAUCGGACAGGAAACCGAGAUGGAUACCAAGACAACACCACGUGUAGCCAAGUCAACAAUUACGACGAGGGGUAAGGCGGAGCUGACAGAGGCUCCGAAGACGAUACUGCGCUCUGCACCUGCCAGCGAGUCCGGUCAGAAGUCGGAACCGGUUAGGGAAUGGGCUACUCAGUUCGCUGGGCUGGUACUCACACCGGUCGACCGGAACAGCGGCGAUACGGCUGUCGUCUGCCCAGUGUUGUACCGGCAUGCGUACGGCUGCAUGUUCACCUGGAACUCCGACUACGAGACAGUGGUCAGCUCGGAACCGGAUGUGCUGGCUAUGUGUAAGAAGGAUUAUCUGAAGACAAGACUCGCAGCAGUGGGAACCUGGAAGAUAGAGGGAAAGUUGGGGAAGGCGUACAUUAUUCCUAAGGACAAGGAUCUACUGCGAUGGAGACCAAUUGCCCCAGCAUGCAGUGACCCAGCGAUGGUCGGGCAACGAAGGUGUGCACGGGCGUUGUACUGCUUAAUCACUAGAUACGACAGCAGCCUGAACUUCCACCUCAACUCUACACAGAAAUUCAAGGAGGAAGCGACGACAGCGGGGGAACUGUUGGGAAGACAGGGUUGCACCAUGACGAUGGGAAGGUGUUACGACAUCAAGGAAAUGUUUUCCUCGAUCCCGCACACUGCAGUAACAAACGUUGUGUACGAACUCCUGCGAGUGUUUGAUAACCAAGGUUAUGCGCAGAUCAGAGUGGCCACGAAAGGGAAAUACUGCGUCAUGGCCAAGACCAAGAGGUCGGAACCAGGGUACACGAACGUCAAACUGGCUCACAUCUCGAAGAUGGUCGAUUACGACCUUUCGCAUGCGUAUAUGGUAUGUGGAAAAGUUAUCAAGCGACAGGUAGUCCGGAUACCGAUGGGCAAGACUCUGAGCCCCGUACUGGCGACUGUGACAUGUGCAAUGGCGGAAAGUAAGUUCCUGCGAUCAUUGGGAACGGAUCGGAGAUUAGUAAAAGGAUGGAGAAUGAUAGACGACGUUUCACUCGUUGUCGGAUGUACGGACACGGGAAGCUCCUUGGACAAAUCCCAGGAAAUCCUGUUGAAGUUUGAAGCAGCAUACGACUCGAGACUCAAACUUGUCCGAAAGGACGAGAAUGAGAACUCUUGGCCUUUCAUUGGGGGCAAGAUGCAUCUGAUAUCGGAGCCAGUGCAGAUACAUUUCGUACAAGAUACAAAGAACACGGACUCGCUGUGAGCCAAUGGUAAGUUGAGGUAUCAGACUAUGCAGGACUUCGCAAGCUACUCCGAAAAAAGAACCAAGAAGGUCGCACUCUUAGCAACACUAAA